GUCGAACGUUGGAGGUUCCGCGCGACGAACGACGAAUGAGGAAGACAACUUUUUGUGGACCGGAAUUAUUUAGAACUUCUCAGUCUCAGCCCAGACUUGACAUCUUCAGAAAUAUCCCGUAGUUGUCGCUCUGAAAUCCUCCGAAGGCGAAAAAUGGUAGAUUUCUCAAGUCUCGAAGUGCCCACCGAAGGCAUUCGUCACCGGCAAGCGAACACUCAGGCGUUUAUUUCUUCUAGAGACUGUGGAAAGGGCACUUUGUACAUUUGCGAGAGUCGCGUUUCGUGGAGAUCUGACGCCGGAACGGGGUUCUCGCUCGAAUACCCCCGCAUUCAGAUUCACGCGGUGACGCGAGACCCAAUAUUGACGAGUGCUCCCUGCCUGUACGUUGUGAUAGAUGAGGAACUCCUUGACAUCUACAUGGGGAACCAGAAUGGCGACGGAAACCUAGAUGAGCACGAAGAAGGUCAGGAGCGGGACUCUUCUUUCGCGAUCAGAUUCGUCCCCGAGUCUGACACCGUCCUGGAUUCGAUGUAUAAAGCGAUGAGUGAUUGUCAAGCGCUCCAUCCGGACCCCUGUUCGGACUCUGAGCCCGAAGCCGAGGAUGAAGAUGAAUACGACGUGGACGAGGCCGAACAAGGGAACGGGGUCGACGAGAACGGGGACGGAGACGCCGACCAGCCUAUGGACGGUCAAUUCGACGAUGCGGAUUGAGACCUCAAACUCGCGGCUGUCGUAAUUCUCCGAAACGUUCCAUGAUGCGACCUGUUGUAAAGUAAAAGCUCGGGGGGCUGGCUCAGUUCAGGAUGAUCUACCGGGUGCCAUCGCGUCCGGACUGAUAGAGGGGGAAGGAGCUCCAAACAAGAGCUAGAAGAUCUUGGACCCCCUCGCGGUUCGGAUGGCGUGAUCUCCGGAGCGGAUUCGGGCUUCCCCCUUUGGAAGUCAUUGGAUGCCCGAUUUACAUUCUCGCUCAGAGCAGGUCCUCCGCUCAACACCUUGUAUAUGCAGCUGUUUUCACAAUAAACUGACUCCA